AUGGAAGAGCUUCACGCAGCAUUUCAGAGGGAUCAGGAUCGGCUCAGGACGUACGCAGCACAGCACGGCGUCGAGUGGUGUUUCAUACUACCGAGAGCACCGCACUUCGGAGGGCUUUGGGAGGCGGCAGUCAAGGCAGCCAAACAGCGGCUGAUACGUGGAGUUGGCAACGCCAAGCUCACCACGGACGAGCUCAGCACCCACCUGGUCGAGGUAGAGGCCAUCCUCAACUCCCGGCCAAUCGCUUCGCCAGGCAACGACCCCAGCGAUGGAGAAGCCUUGACGCCAGGGCACCUGCUCAUCGGGCAGCCGCUUCUUUCGCUGCCGUCCGAAUCCGAGCAAGACGCCAAAUGCAGCAAGGGCGGCUUCGAGUAUUUGAAGCGGUGGCGCAUGCUGUCCGCGCUCAAACAGCAGUUUUGGCAGGGCUGGUCCAAGGACUACCUGGCCAGCCUGCAGCAGCGGCAGCAAUGGUCUACCGAAGGACCGAACCUCGAGGCAGGAUGCCUAGUGCUCGUCCACGAGGACAACACACCGCCUCAGAAGUGGACCACAGGGCGAGUGGUGGCAACGACGGCAGGAGAAGAUGGGAGAGUGCGCGUGGCAGAGGUGCUAUCUUCCGCAGGCGUUAUUAAACGAGCAGUCCAAAAACUGGCCAAAUUGCCAAUGGAUGGUUGA